CUCAGUUAGCCCUAACCCUAUAUUCUUCGCUGCCUCGCCGCCUCUCCUCUCCUCGGCUUUGCGUCGCUCUCCUCCUCUGCUCGAUCUUUCCCUGGACCGAUCUGGCGGUGGAGGAUCUCGGGGAAUGUGAAGUAAUAGGCGAAGGAUCCUUCGUGACGACAGAGAACCAGUCACCAGCCUCCCGCCCACCACCGUUUUCUCUUUACCGCUCUGGAUCGGGUUUUUCGUCAGCCCGAUCAUCCUUCGGUACCAAGCAUUCUGCGUUUGCUGAGCGUGCUCCUUCACCAAACUGGUUGUUAUUUGUUGUUGAUUUCACGUUUAGGGGCGGCCCACCUCUGAUCUCUCUUCCCUCUUGUUGAUGCGUGCGAGAGGUAUCCUAGAUCUGUGGUUUUUCACUUGUACUUGGGUAAUUAGCUACAUUGGAAUUACUCUCAUCCAUGGCUGCAAAAGUUGAUCCAUCAGCUUCUGCUGAAUCUCGCCGUAUGCAAUAUACUGGAUCUAUGUCUACAUCAGCAAACAGUCCUAAAAUCUCCAUGUUUGGAGCAAAAUCUGGAUUUGUUAUACCAAAAAAUAAACUGUCUGGUUCAUUGGUUCCUAUCUUCCAAAGGGGGGGGAAAUUGGAAGGUGGUAAUUCUGUUAAGGAAGAAACAACUAAACAAGUUCAGAGAAAAACAAAGUGGGGACCUGAUCUUACACUGGAUGCUGCUGUCAGAAACGGAAGAGCCUUAGCAUAUCAGACUCGACUGGAGCAAAUUACCCAGCAGCUGAAGCAUGGGCAUUUGGAGAUAAAAGAUAAUCAAAGCCCUCUUUCAAUAAAGCAGAAUUUGGAUGAUGAUUCUGAUAGCCACCAGAUUGACAAAGAGUCUAAACCUUUAGCGUGGAAUAUGCAGACCUCAAAGCUAGAGCUUUUGGAGUUGGAAAGGCGAGAAGUUAUUGGUGAAAUAUUACGUCUGAAUCCUUCAUACAAACCUCCUGCUGAUUAUAAGCCAUUACUGAAAGAAGCAGACAUCCCCAUUCCUAUCAAGGUGCAUCCUGGAUACAAUUUUGUUGGACUACUGUUGGGACCUGAAAGCAAUACUCAGAAGCGACUGGAAGAAGAAACAGGAGCUAAAGUACGAGUUUAUGGAACUAAAAAGGACACAGGGGAGAAGCUUGAAAUUACUCACUCAGACAAAAGCGAAGCUGUGGAUGCUUAUGAGGAGUUGCACGUUAAUAUCUCAGCAGAUACAUAUGAGAAAGUUGACACAGCAGUUGCACUGAUUGAAUUGCUGUUCACUCCAGUAUCUGGUACCGCUGCUGUGUCUUCCACCAGUUCAACUUCUCUCGUCGCCAGCAAUUUAGAUAAUGCUGAUGUGAAUUUGAAGGAGAUGUCUUCGAGCUACAUGAUCAUGACUACAGCUGAUGUUAAUCAAGGUGUUGCACCGCCCAUAUUACUGACUGCUCAGCCUAGGCCACUGCAGUAUCAGCCAUUUACUGCUCCUUGGCUCCCAAUUGCCCCACCUAAUCUUCAGUCACAUCUGUCUUCUGGAUUUGUACCAUCUUUGCCCAACAACUCUGUCCGAUUUCCUCCGCGUCCUUUUGGUGGACUACAUCAUACCUUUGGCUCGAUGCAAAGUAGCUCAUCAGCUGUAAACUCCGGAUCUCAGUUUCCUAUGCAAGCUAUGCAGCAACCUUUGAAUCAAGCUCCACCACCUAAUAAUCUUACUGGUCAGCAGCCUCCAGCUUAUCCUAAUAUGCUUUCCAAUGUGCCUUCUUUUGCUGCUUCACAACCACUUUUCUCAGGAGCCGUGCAUGCUUCAAGCCAUGUAGCAUCCUUGAGUCCACAACCAAUGGCCACGGCUCCAGAUGCAUCAUUGACCAGCAGGCCAUUAACUACACUACCUCCUGCUGGAUGGUCUACUGCACCUCAGAUUGUCCCAUUGUUACAAAGGCCUGCCUUGCUUCCCUCAUCAGCUCCACUGAUGAGGCCUCCACUGGUUGUUUCAUCACCAGCUAUUGCUACAGCUCCUAAUGUGCCUUCUAAUGUCAGCAGGCCUCCAGCAGCCAUUGGCACUCUACCUUUACAACCAAAUAUGCCUACAAAUGAAACCAAUAGGCCUUUAGCGACAAAUUUUGCUCCUCCAACUGCUUUCCCAUUCAGACCAAGUACCUCACAGUUUACUUCAGUUCUGCAAACUGGAGCCCCAUUGUCGACUCCUAUGCCUUCAUCGACUCCAGUACCUCCACAUAUGCCUUCACCUGCACCUAGACCAAUGCCGAUGCUUCCAGGCAUACCAGCUCCAGUGCCACGUCCACCUGCUGUUUUUCAAAGUGCAGCUCCACUUGGUGGAUCUAACCUUGCCAUGACUCAAGCAUCUGCUCCUUCCCAGCCUUUGGUAACUAUAAUGGGGCAAGCUCAAAUACCCCUUCCGUUGAAAUUUCCUGUACAAUCUUCAAUGCCAGUGCAGCCACCAGGAUCAUUGCCUCAGCUAGCACCUGUAACACCCAUCUCCCUUUCUGGAGUCAUGCCUGGUUUCUCACAUGUAACCCACCCACCAAAUACAGUCAUCACCACACCACCCGUUGCAGUCCCAAAACCUCCACGCCCAAUUUCUGCUGAUUUUACGUUUCGGCCACUUGGUGCACAAGUUCCUGCAUCUCCAACACCUCGAAGGCCCAAUGUUCAGACUGCACAACAGAUGACUGCUGUUGCUGCACCUCAGCCCCCGUCUUUCAGACCAGCUUUGCAAAAUUCAACUUCAUCCAUCAACGCUCAAGGGUUUCCUAGGCCUUUAGCUGUCAAUCAAACAAAUCCAUCUCAAGCUCCUAUUCGCCUGCCACCUUCCUCGGGUGUUCCUUUUUCAGUUGAUCUGACCAUGGUACGGCCUCCUCCAAACCUUCCAGCAUUCUCAGAUACAAACUCCAUUCGAUUAACUGGUCCAUCAAGUCAAAUGGGACCAGGCUUUUCCUCGGCUGCCCAAUCAUCUAAUCCACCUCGCAUGCCUGCCUGGUCUAUGCCUAUCAUACAAACAUCUCAGAAUCAGUUGCGACCUGCGAACAGACCAAACAGUCCAGCCGUUCCGAUGCAACAGUUGGGUGCUAACCAUCCUGGUUAUAUGGCUGGUGUAGCCUCAUCAAAUGCCGGAGGGAAUCAGAUUUAUGAUCCUUUCUCACCAACGUCAGUUUCAUCCGCACCUAGAAAGGCAGAAGAAAAUCAUACUAACAUGAGGAAAACAGAAACAGAUGCAGAGUACGAAGAUCUCAUGACAUCUGUUGGUGUCAAGUGAUUCAACCCAUAUGUUAUGGUACUAAGUGAAGGUCUCGGCAAGCAGUCAUUAUAUGCCACAAGGCUCUCGGAAUAUUUGGGUCCAAGAGAGAUCAGAUUCCUCAAGAGUUGCCCAAGAGUCACAGAUGAUGAACUUGUAUAAGAGUUUUUUUCCAAGGGACAAAGGUAGGAGAUGUUCAUUAUACUUUUUGCUAUUACUCGUAUGUUGUAUAUCUGCACAAAUAUUAAGGGCACACUAAGUUCACAAGGUAUGGUGGUUCCUUCAUAGGAUUAAUGUGCACAAAUACUCCAAUUUUAACCAGGUUUCUAUAUGCUCUUUUUCUUU